AUGCUCGACAUCGAAAUUCCCAACAUCCAGAUGGAGAGGUAUAGCGUCAUGUUCGGCACCGUCUUACAGCCAGCGCACCCCCCCGUCCCUCAGUCGUUGCUGGUUCGACGUCAGGGGAAUACAGACAGACUGAAGCCGCUCAACGAGUUGAAGGUUAAGCCAGCAAACGAGCUCCUGCGUCCGCAGCGCAGAGCAUCGUCCCCUUCGCUUGCUCGCUCGCCCUCUUUCUCGCUUUUCCCCGCUGUGGACAGCCGCGCCUCCCCCACACACCGGCCCAAGCAUUUGCAGCGGUCUCAGACGGCGCCUGGAGCGCUAUCACCGAACCGCGCUGUGUUCCAGACUUCCAACGAGGCCGUAGCAUCCGAGAUGCAAAACUCUCAAAGUACUAACUCGGAGGUUCUUGUCGCAACACCAACUACCACCGGCACGAUCGACGUCUACGCAGACUACUGUCUAACGCCCCUUUCCAUCUCGGUUGGCGAAGAUCCUAGCUAUCAUCGUGACUCGGAAGACUCUAGGUAUGAGACGGAUCUUCGGCCACCUCCACUUCUCAUAUCGAAACCACCGCCGUCUCCGGCAUCCCCCGCCUCUCCCACCGCGCAGGUGUCGAUAGCGCGGAAGGUGUCGGUCACGCGGCCUCGCGCUGAUAGCCUUAGACCUAUGCCAAUUAUUCGUAUGGGUUCUGGACGUGUCGCUGGUCGAAAGCCGCGCACUCCCACAUUGGUAGAGCCGCUUAAGAGGAUCAGUCAGAGGGUGGAGGUCGAGAGUGCGUAG